AUGUCACCCUUGUUGGAUCAGCUGAUGAAGUUGGAGGCGGAACAGGAGGAGAGGAGGACGGAGCUAGCGGAGCUUCUAGUGAAGCAGGGGCAGCGGCAGAGCACACCUGAGGAAAGGGAGCGUCAACAGUUAAUGAAGGACAACUUACUGCGCCUGGAGGAGCUCCGCUUCGACCAGAUGAUUCUGACGAAGCAGCGGGCGCAGCAGCAGCAGCAGCAGGCUGCCCAGCUCAAGGAGCUGAUCUUGCCCUUCAAGAACUACUACCAGACCCAUAUCCUCACGAGAGACCUGGCCCUCCAGAUGCCCAGGCUCUACGAGGACUUCCCCUGCCAGUCCGUUUGCUUUCGGGAGGCAGCACAGGCCGCUAUGCAGGUUUGCCAGCCCUUGAGGCUACGUGAGGAGGACACGGACUCCAGCGCAGUGGGCCUCUCCUCCGCGGUCUCGGGCUCGAGGGGCGCCCGGCCCAGCCGCGAGGGGCGCCUCUCCUCGCGGCGUGAGGCCUCGUCGGUCGGGGUGUCUGCGCGGUCGAGCAACUCCACGGCGCCCACGAUGGAAGGCCACCGCAUCAGCCGGCCCUCCGUACCGAAGUUGCUUUUACCCAAGAGGCUCUGA